AUGCUCGUCACUCCUCGCACAUAUCGUCUUUCUCAAACUCCAAACAAAGGGCUAUCGCUUAGCCUCGAAAACUAUCCUACCUUCCGAACGCUUCGAGGGUGGAGAGUGCCCCCUGAAGAGAUAAGGCAGGCAGCAGAAAUGCUGCUGAUACACCAGACUGGGAGUGUUCGGUUAGGAGAGGUUGUUCGGUAUACCCUUACAUACACACCUUCCGCUGAUCGAAUACUCCCUCACCCAACUGAGCUAUUCGUCAAGAUCAAGAAUACCUCGGCGAUUGCAUUGCGUGCUGCCUAUCUCCAUGGACCCUAUACCCUCCACACAUCUUGCUAUCCGUCUACCUUCGACCCGAAUAGAAAAUUUCUUAAUCAAGAAAGUGAGGGAACCCCACAGUUUGAGCCUCACCUGCAACCGGGAGCAGCUUGGGAUUCAAUAAUACCUGUGCCAGAGCACCUUCGAGAUGGGAACCAUCCAGAAUCUGAGAGUCCCGAGGGACGUGGCGUCACUUGGGAGAUUGAGAUUUCGUCGCAGUUGGUGUUCUCUAAUACCGCUAGCGUGAAUUUCGAAGUUCUCGUUGGCCGAGACUUAAAGUCUACUGAACUGGGCGCAACCGGCAUUGCUGAUUUGCCUGCUCCCGGGCAGCUUCGGGAGCACAAGCGUCGUUCAAAAGAAAGCAAGAACGGGAAUGUAGGGAAACAUCAAGGUGUAUAUUCUGAAUCUGUUAGCCUAGUCGUCACUGAUACGGCUGCGCUGUGGACCUCCCCUCAGUUUCCUUCGUGGGACGACACUGAAGCUCUGAAGGAUCUUGAAGUCGAGCAAACAGAGAAUGUGAAUAGACCCUUACAUGGGAGCUCUGAAUGCUCUGGAGGGCCUCGGAAACGACAAAACGUGCAUUUUGUGGUUUUAACUCAUGGUUUACACAGCAAUGUUGGUGCGGAUAUGUUGUACAUGAAAGAAAGUAUCGAUGCGGCAGCCUUGCAGGCGCGCGAGGACCGCAAGCAAGCUAGGGAGGAACAAAGGAGAAAGACUGCAUCUGCCACGAACGUUCAUGACGAUAUUGAUGACCAUGACGACGAGUUAGUUGUUGUCCGAGGGUUCCCAGGAAAUGCAGGGCGGACAGAGAGGGGUAUACAGUACCUGGGGAAACGCUUAGCUAAAUACGUCCUUUUGAUGACAUAUCCCGAUCAACCGUAUCUUCCCACAAAGAGUCCAAGAAAAAUGAGUUUCAGCCAAACAUUUGGCUUUCAAAAGUCACAGCAUACUGAACAGGUCUGCGCCUCUCAUUCUGGAAGCGCCAUCUAUCGCAAAGACCCGGCCCACAAAGGGUAUGCGUAUCAGAUAACAAGCAUCAGUUUCAUUGGCCACUCGCUAGGUGGCCUUGUACAGACAUAUGCCAUCGCAUACAUCCAAAAACAUUCGCCCGAGUUCUUUGACUUCAUCAAACCGAUCAAUUUCGUUGCAUUGGCUUCUCCUUUUCUUGGACUCAGUAACGAAAACCCCAUGUAUGUCAAGUUUGCCCUCGAUUUCGGCCUGGUUGGCCGCACUGGGCAGGACCUUGGGCUCUCGUGGAGCAGCCCAUCGAAAAUGCGAAGCGGCUGGGAAGCCAUGAUUGGAGGCAUCGGAGCGGAUGCCAACAAAUCCCAGCCAGAGGCAGGGGCUAAGCCUCUGCUAAGAAUCCUUCCAAGUGGGCCCGCUCACUUAGUGCUGAAGAAGUUUCGCAAUCGAACGGUUUACUGCAACCUGGUGAACGAUGGGAUCGUUCCCCUCCGCACGUCGUGUCUGCUGUUCCUGGACUGGAGAGGUCUGGAACGCGUGGAAAAGGCAAGAAGAGAGAAUGGUAUUGUUGGGACAGUAGCUGAAUGGGGCUGGGCUACACUUACCGGUGCUGCUUCAAACCCUCUGCGCUCCAGUCGGACGCCCACCGCGAUCGCGGCCGAAGAACCCCAAGAAAGUGCCAAGGUCUCUGGUGCGUGCAAGGAUCCUGACUCUGGUGUCCGCCGCCCAGAAACGCCUGAGCUUCCUUCACCAGGCCAGUUUCUAGCUUCGCCGUCGCAAUCUGAGCCAAACCAAAGCCUGUCCGGCUCCAAAUCCGACGAACCAUCUGAUUCCUCGGCGAGCCCUUUCAAUAUGUUCAUGGCACUGUUCAAGUUCUCCAAAAGUACCCGAGAGAACAAGGCUUCUAAAAUAUAUAAACGAAGCCAAACAAUUCGGGAGACUCCCCCUGAAGGAAAUGAGCCCGGGGGGCCGCAGUCACGGCCGCCUUGCCGUACUCGUGGAGACUCUCUAUAUGAGGAAGGGGGCCUUUUCACUCCCCCAAAGACAACGCUAUUUGAAUCUGCUGGUGAUGUUAUUAGCCCCCCUCUUCCCACCCUGGAUUAUUUGCUUGAUCCAUCUUCCCGCCCAAGAACCAUUCUACAUGAUCGCGUCUACCACCCUGGCGAUAUACCUCCUCCUCCCCCUGCAAGAAAUCGUUCUCUAUUCCGCACCGCCAGCGUCAGCAGUGCUAAGGCUGGCGGCGAUAACGCGUCUCAGCAUGGAAGUGAUGUUCCGUCACUGCAAGCUGCCGCUGGGUCCAAAAUGAGCAGUGGUAUGAAAGUCGAGGAAAAGAUUGCGAGAGCCUAUCAUCGCGACAUCUCCUGGCGCAAAGUUCUAGUUAGGUUGGAGCCUGACGCCCAUAACAAUAUCAUCGUACGACGCAUGUUUUCAAAUGCCUAUGGCUGGCCAGUGGUGAAACAUCUAGUGGAUACACAUUUUGCCUACACCCUGGCCGCAACUACAGCUGACAAUGAGACAACGAAUGAAGAAAGAGCGCUCCCUCUUCAUACAGCUGUGACCGCACAUGGUACUGAAGUUCAGGGGCAAACCGAUGCUCCAUCAACAUCCCGAGCCCUCAGACUAGAUACCAAGAACAUGGGGGCGGAUGGCAAGGAUUCUGGGGGUGAAGAAAACGAUCAGGUACCUGAAUUGGCAUCGAGGCUUAAUAGCCCAAAGAUCGGAAGCCCGGCAAUGUGCUCAAGUCCUAUCUCUCUCGAUAACGGAGAGGAGCUUUUCCCGCAAUCAAAUAUCAGUUCUAGGCGUUCAUCUCACCAUUCGAAGAUAUCGAGGCAAAGUUCCGCACAGUGGACAGACAGAUAUCUAGACGACGGAGAUGAAGAUGAAUAUUCCGAUGAAGCCGAACAUUACACCGAACUCAGACAUAGUUUCCAAACACGCAAUUUGAAUACCAGCUCAGGCAUACAUCCUUCCACUCUAGAGAGUCCUACUUCGACUGUUAAUGAUGACAAAAAAAAACCAAACAUACAGAAUGACGCUGGCUAA